AUGUUGAGGUUUUUAAUUCUAUUACUAUGUAGUUCCGGAGGGGCCAUUCAUUUGGGAUUGAUCGAAAAUGAUGAAAGGUUUGUGGACGUGUGUAAACACGCCGUUGCGGAUGCCAAGGCGACAAAGCAGUGCGACAAUCGUGUUGCGUAAGUUAUGGAAAAUGUUCGGGGGAGGGACUCCAAGUGCGACGCUUUCAUUGUAAUGAAAGUUGGCACAAAGUUGGAUCAAUUUUUAGAGAUAUGCUUGGUUUCUAGCUCGUGUUUUGCAGAAACGACCAAGGUUUUUAUGCCAGAAUUUGACAAAGGUAACGGCAUUUUUUGCAAAAUUUGGCAUAAAAAGUUUCAUGUCCAGUUCUACCGUCAUAGGCAAUCCCGGAAAAUAAAAUUUUCCCGGGCAAGGAAUGACAAAGAUAUGGCCAAAAAAGUUUAUUUUUCUCACCGCACUCCACGUUUUGGGUAGGCCACAGAGAUCGUUGAAUAAAUCUGCUGCCCUUCAAAACGCGAGCUAAAAAUUGCAGGAUUCAUAGGUGGCCUAUUCACGAAAUGUGUGAAAAAUAUAAAGAAAAUCUGAGUGUCCCAUUUAUGCCAAGAUUUGCCAACAGCCCAAGGGACUUCAAAACAGCAUACGAAAUCAAUUCUUUACCAUACAACAAAUGGUAUUUCAGAGUCCUCAACAUUACCGAGUGCACCGGCCAACAUGACCUCAUGGACGCUCUUGACUUGCAUUUCAAGAAGGAUGCAAGCACAUUGGUUCUAGGCGAUUGUGAGCAAGAAACGUUGGACUUGGCCCGGCUCUCUUCUGGGUUUGACUUUGCAGUCUUUGUCAGAACAUUUCGACAGCCAUAUUACUCAAUCGGGGCUGAGUUUCCGAAUGUCAUAUACGUAAGUUAAAGCCACAUUGUUUUUUAUAGUUUAGGCAGAAGAUACCAUGUUAUUUUCCGGUCAAAAUUACUGCAAAAUUUCGCGUUACGAAGUAAACAUCAUCAUUUUUAAUCAACGUCUAUUUACAUUGGCUUUCAGAAUCCUGACACUGCUAUAAUGUUCAUGGCGCAGACCUUGUCCGAGCUGCUUCGAAAGCUGGGUCUCUCACAAAUCAUUUUCAUCGGCCCCACGAUCACAAUGCAGUCCGGAACUCAACCUCUCACCGACGUCUUCCUCAAAAUGAUGGCCGAAUUGAACACUGUGAACAUCACGAAGGUCCUGCGGAUCGACGAAAACCACUGGGAAAACGUCUAUGACACUGUGAAGGAAGCCAAGACUAAUAUCAAAUGUAGGAAACCCAAAAUUACGAACAAGUUGUAUUAUUUACGUCAUCUUUAGGUGUUGUGAUCGACACCAGUUUCAAGAAGUUGGCGACUAUUCUGAGCUCACUGAGUGUAAUAGAAAUGGGCCAGAACAAUGUGCUGGUCAUAUUGCUAUGCCGAGAUUCGUAUACGAUUUGCUCCAAAGAGGUGUUGGCUGGUUAUCAGAAUUCGAAAAUGGUCGUGGUAAGUGCAAAUUAUUAUUAUAUACUAGUACUCUUGAAACCACAACAAAAAGUUUUUUGAACUGUUUGGCAAAACAUCCCUGUAAAUUUCCCCCAACAUAGUGAUGAGAUUCAGUGAGUUAAACGGAGCAGUAUCUGCUACAGUGCCCAUUGUAAUGAGUAACCGGACUCUUACAUGGCAAAACGAAAACAUGUUUGUUGAAAUUCACGCAUCCCGGAAGAUUGAUAAUGAGUCGGUUAACGACGUGCGCCGUAUUUUACAACCUUGCUUUUAUCAGCGUGCAAAAGCCAUUAAAAAACGACAAGCAAUCUUAUUCAGCAACUUGUCUGUUACUUUAUGCAUUGGAGUCACCUCGACAAGCUUCUGAAUAACUCGCCAUUUUCAGCUGGCCCCCAAAUUUGAGAACUAUGAAGAGCAUGUGAAGCAGUUGACGGAAUGGAUACCGGAUCUGGAUUUGACUGAGGUGAGUGCUUUAUUCGUGCAAAUAUUGUUUAUUUUUAGACUUAUUAUUCCGAACUGAUCGCUAUCUACGACAUUUGUUACACUUAUUGCUACUGUACGUCGCAGGGUCAAUAUCAAAAUCGAGACGCAAUGUUUAGCGUGCUGACUGGAAAAACGUUGACUGGAGGUGAGAAUGGGGUUUGGAAGGGCUUUUAUGGGUGUUUAGGGCCCUUGUGAAGAUAAAUCAAGGGUCAAGUUAAGGCUGUUAAGGCUCCGGUCGAUAGCUCUUGCCUUUUUCGAAAGCUUGAGCUAUCUGUAUGGACAUCUGGCUAAAUUAGAGUUAAAAACAUGUUAACAGACUGUUUUAUAGCCUGAAACUUUACAGCCGAGUCAAGCCACUAGGCUUUCUCUUCGUCAAAAAUAUGUAAAUGCCUUCAAAUUUCAGGGAAAAUGGGCGCCAUUUCAUUCGACGGAAACACCAACUACAUCCGCGACAUCGAAAUUCUGCAAUUCCGAGAGCCAAAUCUCAGCGAUUUUACAGUUGUCACCACAGCUCGAGCAAUUGCUACCGAGUGUCAUAGGUUCACUUGUUCUGCCGUCAACUUUGACCCAGUCCAAUUCAAGCUCUGGGAAGAGGAGUUAAAAACCGAGAUUCCGCUUUGCUAUUACAAUGGAGGCUGCACUAAUUACACACCCUUAAUCAUAGCGGCAAUUAUCGGAUUGCUUGGGAUUAUUAUUUUGGGUGGAGUUUAUGCGUAUCAAAGGAGGUGAGACAAUUUGGCACAUGCGAAAAUCAACGUUAUCCGUAUUUUACAAAGAAAGCUUAUUUUAGAAAACGAUUGGAUGUAUUCCGAAUGCAUUGGAAAAUCCCGAAAGCUCAGCUGAAAGUCAUUGAAAAUAAACAAGUAAGUGGGAGCUUACAAAAAGUAACAUAUACAGUCGGCCUUUCCACAUAUUAAAUAGUUAGUUUAUAGUCAAAAAAAGUGGUAAUAUGACGGUCAGAAAAGUCCCUGUCAGCAAAAAAAGUACUCAAGAAGAGAUGUUGAAUCCGAGUCCCUCAAAGAGUAUCGCAAUUUCAACAACAAUUACUGAUCUUUCACAGCCCAAAAAAGCCGUAAAAGAGAUCAAGCAGAACUGGAAUAUAGUGUCAAGAAGCAUUGGAAAAAAAUAAAAUAGGAUAUAAUUGCACCGUGCUACAGGCUUUUUUGAACUCCCGCUCACGCCACGAUUUUUUCCGCACAGCGAAAAUGGGAAAAAAUCACUUCAGUGGCAUACUUUUUGCCUCUCUUUUUUCACUAACUUGUCAUCCAACAUCUCAAAUCAGCUAAUCACCUUAACUUUUACAACCCUUCCAGAGCAAAACCAAAACAGUGCCUGGCAGCGAAGACCCCAGCAAGACCUCCAACUUGGUCUCCAAACGUCGUGUUGUUGCGGCCUAUGCUUUGCUAGGCGCCGCGAAAGCCGAGUUCAUGGUGUUGAAGCAGAUGAAAAAGAUUCGAUGGAAUAAAUUGGAGAUGAAUGCAAUCACCGAGCUAAAACGGAUCAAUCACGAUAACAUGACCACUUUUCUGGGGAUUUGUUACAAUGAAGGCGACAAGUUUUAUGUGCUUCACAGCUUGGUGGAGCGAGCUAGUUUGGAGGUAAAAAAUGGAAAAAGAAAUUGGUAAAAACCUAAUUUUAGGACUUUAUUAAUGAUCAAGACUUUAUCAUGGACACAACUUUUAAGUCAGCAUUUUUGAGAGAUAUCAUCAAUGGCCUUCAAUAUCUCCACAAAAGUACUGUGGGAUUCCAUGGGCUGUUGAAUCCAGCGAACUGUUUGAUCGAUGGAAACUGGGUGCUCAAGUUGAACAACUUUGGAUUGGUCAAUGUGUUGAAUGCGGCGAUUGAACGAGAGCAGAUCAAGUUGACCGAGAUUAUUCCGUUCACUUGUGAGUUUUGGAAAAUGGACAGUACGUAGAAAUGCGUAGCAUUUGGCCCUACGAUCUUUCCAGGGCUGUGUAAAAACCUAGCCUUUGAUAUCAAAAUUUGAGCGCAAUUUCGAAUUAUGUGGUAUAGAAGGAGCUCCUACUGCCCCGCGAGAUGCACCCUAGGUUCCCCAAACUGCGGGGGACAUUUUAUACGAUGAUUCACGGAGGAAAAAUUCCGGAGCAACACCCAAAACUUGUAAAGUUAAUGCGAGCUGCGCCCUAGGUUCCGCGAACUGCGGAGGACAUUUUAUACGAUCAAUAACGGAAAAGUCCCGCAAAAUAACCACCCAAGAAUGAAAAAUAAUCAGAGAGGACAGCCUAUAUAGAUACAUACAUACUACUCCCAUCGCAUUUCCCAUCUGAUGACAUAAAUUUUCAGCCUAUUACAACACAGCCCCUGAGAAUCUCGAAGGCAUUGCGUAUGGUCGAAUGUUUCCCAAAGGCUCGAGACUGGGCGAUAUUUAUUCAUUUGGCUCUCUUCUAUUCAUGGUUCUGUUUCGAACAAUUCCUUUCGAAACUUACGGCCAACCACCAAAAGAUAUUGUAGAGAAGAUCCGAAAGGACGGAAUUGUCCCACCAGUGGAGGAAUCGUUGCCAGAAGAAAAACCAUUAGUGGAUUUGAUGCUGGAUUGUUGGAAGAAAAAUCCCGAGGAGCGACCCAAGUUGAGGAAGGUCAAUCAGAUCAUUUCAUCCGUCUUUGAGUUGUCGUAAGUUGGGAGGAUUUGAUCUGGUGUAGGUUGGGAGAGGUAUUAGUAAUCAAUUGCAAUAAAAAUUGCCUGACUUUUAGCUCCAAAUAACCUAUUUUCAGAAAAGGAAAUCUGAUCGAUCAGAUGAUCAAGAUGAACUAUUCUUACGCCCAGCAUUUGGAGAAGAUUGUCGACGAGAGGACGGCGGAGUUUGAGAGCCAAAAAAUCAUGAAUGCAAAACUUUUGCAACAAAUUCUUCCAGCGUAAGUUACUGUAGCCUAAAAUUGUGAAAAAUUCUCAAUAAAAGGCCCAAACUUUUUUCGGGUUAUUCAGAAUAAUUUUUUCAGUUCAAUUGCCGAACUGCUGAUCACCGGCGAGUCCGUGGUCCCAAGAAACUACGAGCUGGCUUCGGUUCUGUUUUGCCAACUGGUCGAUUUCAACUUUUUCUUAUCCCACACAGCUCCACAUAACGUGAUCCGUUUUCUGAACGAUGUUUUCAGCCGAUUUGAUGCGGUCAUCGAACAUCAUGAUGCAUAUAAAGUUGAAACUACUGGAGAAGUGAGUUUACUCCCUCAGUAAUAAAGUUACUAUGGCUAUUUAGACCUACAUGGUAGCGUCGGGAGUCCCCAAUGAAAACGAUAAUCGGCAUGUCAUCGAAAUCUCGGAGAUCGCUUUGGAGUUGCGAGCGUUGUGUCAGCAGUAGGUCAAGGGAACAUUAGAAAAUUUUAAAGAAGCAUAGGCUGUAAAUACGUUGUAAUUUCAGCUACAUUGUGGAGCAUAUACCGAACUGGAAGGUCCAAGUCCGCAUUGGUUAUCAUUGUGGUCCAAUUGCCGCAGGAGUAGUUGGCGCUAGAGCUCCAAGAUUUUGUCUGUUUGGGGAUACUGUAAGUUCACUUAAAAAUCUGGCUAAAGACUAUAAAAAAAUGACUAAAACAGAGGAGCUGAUGCCUGUUUUCAGGUAAAUUUCGCCUCUCGUAUGCAGAGUAACUGCCCGCCAGACCAGAUCCAACUCUCCGAACAGACCGCCGAACGCCUCCGCGAUAUCCCCAGAUACAAGCUGACCAAACGAGGAAUUGUCAAAGUCAAAGGAAAGGGAGAUGUGAACACCUAUUGGCUGGACAUUGACGAAAAAGCCGAGUCCAUCAUGAAGAAGGUCUCCAGAGAUCAAUCGGACAUUACCGCCGUCCCUCAUCUCCCAAUUGCAACUCCGUUGCCUCCGGAAAUCCCGGAGGAAACGAAGCUACCGGAGAAGACAAAGGACUUGGAUCCGGUCAACGAGAAUGAAGACAUUUUGAGCGACAAAUUGAAGAACGACAACAACAAUAAUGAUUUUGAGAAGAAGUCCGAGGACACUCAAUCGCCUCCAGAAGAUCCGCAUACUGGCGAUGAGGAACAAACGGCCAGGAUUGAUGAAAUCAAGGAGAAAAAUGAUCCAUUGUCGCCUAGAUGGACGCAACCACCACUGCAGAAUGGACAAAUUGCAUAA